AUGGCUGCCUCCAGAUGUAAACAUUCAUGUGAUGCCGGCCUAGACGCGUGCACGUUUUACGCGGCAGAAAACCGCGCUCUUAGAGGCUUUACAUACCUGAACAAAACUGCGCGAUCUGCCAUCAUCUGCGGACGGGAAUGCAGCAUGGAUAUGCACUGUAUGUCUUUUAACUUUGACGAAGGCACUAAACUUUGUGAGAUAAACCAGGCUACAAGGAAUGAGCAUCCAGGAAACUUCAGUGCAACUCUGGGGAGUUUGUACUAUGAUGCAGAUGAGGACACACCUAUCUACUCACUGAGUGAUUGCUCCUUGAAUCGCUACAGAAGUUGCAAGAUGCUCUUAGAUGCCGGGUGUCGUUUAAGCGGUGUCUACACUAUCAACCCAGAGGGAUUCGGUAAUGGCGGUCUUCGCGUCUACUGUGACAUGGAAACCGACGGCGGGGGAUGGAUCGUGUUCCAGAGGCGACAAGAUGGCAGCGUGGACUUCUACCGUAACUGGGCCGCCUACCAGUCUGGCUUUGGCGAUCUGUCCGGGGAGUUCUGGUUGGGCAACGACAACUUGGUGACUCUGACGUCUGAUGAUUCACAAGGAACAUGGGAGCUACGAGUGGAUCUGAUGGACUGGGAUAACGAGACAGCAUGGGCAAGGUACACAGAUUUCAAACUCUCCUUGGGUAAGUAUAAUCUGAGCUACGAUAAGUACGAUACCAAGAGCACUGCAGGUGACUCUCUGGAGUACAGCAAGGGGUUCCCCUUCACAGCUUUGGGCGCGGAUAAUGACAACUGGCCAUGGAAUUGCGCGCAUUAUCACAAAGGAGCCUGGUGGUUCAAUUCUUGUAUGAGGUCCCACCUUAACGGUAAAUAUUAUCCCAGUCAGCAUGCCGAUGAUGACUGGGGUAUUAAUUGGCACACUGCAUUGGGACAUAUCCAUCCUUAUUCCCUGAAAACAUGUAGCAUGAAAAUACGGGAAGCGGGCGUGAAUUAA